AAGCUCAUCAAGAAAGUGUUCUGAUCAAAUUUUUUCUUCUCAGAAAUCUACGAAGGACUACUGCGACGAUGAUUUUAUCUACUUCUUCACUGCUAUCGUUUCUCCUCCUUGCCACCCCGGCAUCGUCGUCGACAUUGCGAUCUGGUUCCGAUACACACCAAGAUCGACGUCUCUCAUUCGAGCUCAUUGCCAGUUAUGAACCGUACACGCAGGUAACAGAUAUGGUGAGUUUUGCUGGAAUAAAUUAUGAAUGUGACGCCUAGCUCGAAACAAGCGCGAGAUGCUGUUACAGCUCGUUGUGGAAAGGUUGGCAAGUUUCAACGCUAUAUGCUUCAACGCCGUUUUCUUCCUUCAGAGGUGGUUGAAUUAAAUCUUCACCCGUAAAUCUUCAUGGGAAGACUGUGUCGAUCUAUUUCACUUGCAACGAGUUGUGCAUCUGAGCAAAACACGAAGAAAAAACCAAUCUCUGCCUGCCAUCGUUUCUGACCAAAACGUUAUUUUAUUUGUCACCACCCCACAGAAUGCCAUCGACCUAGACCAGGCAUCGAUGGAGGAUCAACUCGCUAUCAGAGAUCCGACUUCUUGGAAACGUGCCGAAGAUAUUUAUACGUACGGUGGUAAUUCGAAGUCGGUUGCAAUGAUAACAUUGUCGUCUCCUCUCACCAGCAGUCUGAAGAAAUUUACUGCUGCUAGUGGGAAAAACGCCGAUGGGGCGGUUGUAUACGGUACUGUUUACGACGAUUACCCCAAUGGUGCGACUACUAUUGGUAUUCAAUACAAGACAACUGACAUCCAGGCAUCAUAUGUAGAGUGCCAGGUUGGUGGUCUUGUCAAAAAAACUUUGAAAGGCUGUCUUGCGCCCAGCGGCAGUAUCAGUCUGGACGGCAACGUAUUAGAAUACACCUAUAAUCCAGAAACCGAAAACGUGAAUAAGAGGACACUCAAAAAGUUAAGCUCCGAUGCGGAACAAAAAAUGUUUCGUUGUGAACACUGCCCCAGUCCUACUUUCAGAAAAUUUUUUGAUUACUACGGAUUCUUCGACUAUGCCGACAAGUGGGUCUCGGCGGCCUUUAAAGGCAAAUCCACCAGUUUAGCGAAGGGGAACGGUGAGUGCCCUGUYUGGUUGAGCUUGUCCAAAUAAAGAUGAAAUGUUGGACGUACGAUUGAACUCACCUGACUWUUGAUUGAUUUUUCAGGAGCAUUUGGCCUAUACGGUUACGUAGGGAGAGACGAGGCGAUCAAAAAGGGAACGGCGUACCUCAGCAUUUGGAUGUGGGUAAUUAAACAAAUGGAAGACGCGUUUUUCGAAUGCGAUAGUGAGUGCACAACGGACAACUGCAACAAUCGCGCCCAACGUGCAUGGGAUGAAGCUGUAGCAUCGUACACCGGGAGCCUAGAGGGGGUCGAUGGAACAGGUUCCGGAAAGCUUCUCUACGCACUCGCCGAUAAGCGUUGUAAGGAUUUCAAAACUUGUGGUAGUCUUGCGAAUAGCGCGGAAGGAACUUCUCACGUGAAUAUCGAGGUCAUCCGUAGUUUUGCACUUGGGUCGAGGUUGCUGGCGCAAGGARAGUGCGCUGAAGUCAAACCUUAUACAGAACGAAUCGUACAAUUGAUGUCUGUUCCUCUUAUUCAAGGUACACUACGAUACGCAUACAUUACAUCUAACAAUCCCUCGUCCGGUGACAAAGCUGAGGUGGAAGGAGCAACUUUUGCCGCUUCUAUUCUGCCUCUAGUUGACGCUUGUGAUGAAGACGCAGCGGACAUAAUCUACRAAAACAUGAAGACAGGCCAAGCCAAAACCGCAGAUUUUGCCAAGGUUAAGGCUGCUCUGGAAUCUGUUUAUGGUUGUAUGGGUGUAGAUGGUCGCAAUGUAGGAGGAAUUUGGAACGCCGACACAGGAAAGUACCUUACUGGUGCCAAACCCGCCCGCGGAAGUUAUUCCAGAGCGGCCAGUAGUGUUAACGUUCMUUUGAUCGUAGGUUGCGUCGCGGGUGGACUUGUACUCGGUGUCAUUCUUUAUCUCUUUGCAUCGAAAUGUUGCAAUCGCAGCAAGCUACCUCCCGUUGAAAAGGAAGACCCGUUGGGCUUGUCCGAGGAUGAUGAACAAGUCGCAGACACAUCACAACCUGUUGUUCACGAAGAAGACCCAUUGCCCUCCACCAAUAGCGAGAUGGAACCUGUCGAAAUUAGUUAAACUGACUCGACUUUUUAAAUUAUGACAAUGUGAAGAACUUCUACUAUUUAGUUGGAGUUUAAGUGCCCUGGUUCAACACAACUAACAUCGUUUUUCCGGUGUGACGGCUUUCUUCCCCCCUCUACUUUAUUGUCGCUAGCAAAAUUUAGAGGCAUUAAAUCARAGUCUUGAUGAGGCUGUGGUAGUACUCAUAGAGAUGUUGCCCAACAAAAUAGUCUCCGUGCAGAUCUUAACAGUGAUGGGCGAACGAUUCUAAUAAUUGAACCUGAUAACU